AGCCCCUCGAGUGAAUUCCAGAGUUUCUCGAUGGCGACAGGUCUGCUGACGUGGCAGGCGAUGACGAUAGAAUCUGCAUAAAACUGCGAGCAGAGAGUAACCGACGGAGAGAAUGGACGAGAUGUACGACCCCCUCAAGUGUCACGAAGACCUGCCCUCCUCGCCUGGCUGCCACAUGGAUUACGAUGACAUGCCGGAGCUUCAGGCGGUGGACGAGGAUGGGAGGUCUCCGGGGUUGUUGCUCCAGGUUGGAGCCGGAGUGUCCCACCAGGAGACCAACACCAACUGGCUGGCCGAGCUGGCGAACAUCGCCACCAGUCCUCAGAGCCCACUGUUGAAAGACGCACCGCAUAAGAGAUCAUCUCCAGUCCACAUUUUUGGCAACAGUUUACAUUCCUACGCCCGUCCUCCCCUGGCCAGCAGCGCGCCGAUCCCCUCUAGAGGUCACCUCAGGGAGCGCAGGCGUGUCAGGGCCAGCAGUGAAUCCGAGUCUGGAGUUUUCUCCAUGUCCUCAUCCUUCUCUGACGAUGAAGACAUGGCCUGGUCUCACUCAUGGCCCUCCACAGCCUGGCACUGCUUCCUCAAAGGAACUCGCCUUCGCUUCCAUCGCGGUCCCAACGUGGAGUGGCAGGAGGCAGACGAGCUGGGGGAUUCCGAUGAAGAUUCCGAGGACGAGAGCAUGAUGCCGUCCUCCGCCUCCUUCAAGCAAUUUGGUGUGGACGGAUUGAAGUUGAUAAGUCAUGAAGAGACGCUGUCAUUCGGGCAAGCGGUUUUGAAGCUGACCUUUGACCCCGGCUCUCCCUAUGAUAGCCUUUUAACAGCUGAAUGCAGACUGGAUCACCCCUUUUUUGUCAGAAAUAAAGGGUGGUCCUCUUUUUAUCCGAGCCUUACCGUGGUGCAUCAUGGGAUCCCGUGCUACGAAAUGCAUCUGGGCGACACGUGCCUGCCACCAAACCACCCUGAUGCAAUUAAAUGUGACGAUUCGGUCGUUUUUGAUACAUUUAGAAGUUACGACUUCACCCCGCUGGAUUCUUCCGCCGUCUACGUCCUCAGCAGCAUGGCCCGUCAGCGCAGGACCUCCCUGUCCAGCGGGGGCGCUGUCAGCCCGGACUGCGAUAAACUGGAGCGCUACGGCUCCCCGCAGCCGUCCGGCGGCAAGUCGGGCAGGACCCACACAUCAGGGAGCGCCGUCGGUGCCACGCCUACAAAAUGCAAGCGUCCAAUGAAUGCCUUCAUGCUUUUUGCCAAGAAAUACCGAGUGGAGUACACCCAGAUGUACCCUGGGAAAGACAACAGAGCCAUUAGCGUCAUCCUGGGCGACAGGUGGAAGAAGAUGAAGAGCGAGGAGAGGAGGAUGUACACCAUGGAGGCCAAGGCUUUGGCCGAGGAGCAGAAGCGCCUCAACCCGGACUGCUGGAAACGUAAAAGAACAAACUCGGGUUCCCAGCAGCCGUGAAAAGGACCCCCGGCGCCGCUCCGAUGCCUCUUUAUUUUUAUUUUUUUGCCCUCCUGUAUUCUUGACACUCAACUGUGACGCUGACUUCACCUCGCUUUUUUUUCGUAACCCUCCCGACCCUUUUUAUAGAGACGCAGCCGGGAGGAGAGAACGGUGAACUAUAAAACAGAGCAUGCCAUGUAGUCACUAACAGUGCAUAUAUAUUUUCUUACUAUAUCCUUACAUGCAACAACACAAAAAAACAACAAAAAAAAUAAUAACUUGUAUUCCUCAUUAUUUCCUACCAAAUUAGCCCGUGGUGCUACGCUUCAGUAUAGAACAGGGGUCACCAACUUUUUUGAAACCAAGAGCUACUUCUUGGGUAUUGAUUAAUGCAAAGGGCUACCAGUUUGAUACACACUUAACUACAUUUUAUUUCUGUCCGUCAUUCCGUCGUACAUUUUUUUUUUUCCUUUUACGGAAUUUUUUUUCUUGUAGGGCAUAAAUGAUGAAAAAAAAAACACUUAAUUAAAUUGUUUGACUGAGAUGAGGUGGCGAAUUGUCCAGGGUGUACCCCGCCUUCCGCCCGAUUGUAGCAGAGAUAAAUGGAUGGAUGGAUAAAUGGUUUGAAAGAGGAGAAAACACGAAAAAAAAAAUCUUAUCUUCAAUUUCGACUGUUUAAAAUUCAAAAUUCUACCGAAAAAAAGAAGAGAAAAAACUAGCUAAUUCGAAUCUUUUAGAAAAAAUAAUUUAUGGAACAUCAUUAGUAAUUUUUUUCUGAUUAAGAUUAAUUUAAGAAUUUUGAUGACAUGUUUUAAAUGGGUUGAAAUCCAAUCUGCACUUUUUUUUAGACUAUAUAACAAAUUGGACUAAACUAUAUUUCAUUAGUAAAUUUUCCUGAUUAAGAUUAAUUUUAGAAUUUUGAUGACAUGUUUUAAAUGCUUAAAAUCCAAUCUGCACUUUUUUUUAGACUAUAUAACAAAUUGGACCAAGCUGUAUUUCUAACAAAGACAAAUCAUUUUUUCUUCUUGAUUUUCCAGAACAGAAAUUUUAAAAGAAAUUUGAAAUAAGAUUUAAAUUUGAUUCUACAUUUUUCCUAGAUUUGCCAGAAUAUUUUUUGUUAUUUAAAUCAUAAGUUUGAAGAAAAAUUUGACAAAUAUUCUUUGUCAAAAAAACAAGCUAAAAUGUAUUUAUUAUUCUUUACAAUAAAAAAAAAAAAAUGCACUUGAACAUUGAUUUAAAUUGUCGGGAAAGAAGAGGAAGGAAUUUAAAAUAUGUUUAAAAAUCCUAAAAUCAUUUUUAAGGUUGUCUUUUUUCUCUAAAAUUGUCUUUCUGAAAGUUAUAAGAAGCAAAAAAAAAAAAAAAAUGAAUUUAUUUAAACAAGUAAAGACCAAGUCUUUAAAAUAUUUUCCUGGAUUUUCAAAUUCUAUUUGAGUUUUGUCUCUUUUAGAAUUAAAAAUGUAGAGCAAAGCGAGACCAGCUUGCUUGUAAAUAAAUAGAAUUUAAAAAAAUUCAGGCAGCUCACUGGUAAGUGCUGCUAUUUGAGCUAUUUUUAGAACAGGCCAGCGGGCGACUCAUCUGGUCCUUACGGGCGACCUGGUUGGUGACCCCUGGCAUAGAGACACAUGUCUAUUUAUAAGUGUGUCAAAAGGGGGUGAUAUUUUUUCAUAUUAUUGCACACAUUGGUAACUUUUGUAUAAUGUCCACGAUAUAAAAACCUCCCUGGGAUUUGUAGCCAACUUUUGCCUGCCAAGUCGUCACCGGACUUCUGCCAUACGAUGAUCAGCGGUUGUUUUUUUGUUUUUUUUUACACUCAAGUCACCGAGCACUUCAGGCCUUUUUUUUUUUUUUUGUCGCUGCCAGUGUUCAUUCCUCUUGCACUUUAUAUACCACCACAGAUAAAUGUACUCUUUUUAAAACUCUGCAGCCUUUGUAUUUCGCGUAGGAAACAUUUGUUGUUGUUGUUGGCGCCGUUGCUUUCUUCAAAAGCGCCACAUUUCUGCUUUCAGGUCGCAAUAAUGUUCAUAAUGUACAGGUUUCACAGCCCAAAAUUGCACAGAAUAUCCUUGUACCAUAUUAUAAAUAAUUUUUGUAAACUUG